CAUCCUGAUUGGCUGCUCGCAGAAUAAGGAAGUGUGCGGCGGUACAUGGUUUUGUUCAAUAAACCAGGGGAAAAACGAUCGUAUUUGGACGUUUUAUGCUGAGUUCGUCAGAGUCUGAGCUGCACACUUUAAUUUGGAACCUUUGUGAGUGACUGCUGGUCGUUUUGACAUUUUAAACAACCGCUUCCUCGUCCAUGUGGACGGACGGGAGCAGGGAGGUCGCACGCUCCUCCAGGUGAGAGUACCACAACAAGAAUAAACAACCUGCCGUUCAUUCAAAGAUCGACAUGGAUUAUCCACGAGCGCAAAACACGAAGGACAAUGAGGAGGAAAAGAGACCAAUCAGGAGAGUGCGGAGCCCGUCCAGGCCACGGGCAUGGCAUCCGCCAAAUUUUCACAAACCAAGAAUUGGAAGAGGAUUUUACAAACCUCACUUUCCAAGAGAUGACCAUUCAUUCUACAAAGGAGGUUAUAAGUAUAACUACUUCAAACCCCGGUUAGGCAUUUCUCGCAAAGAUUACCUCCCCCCUAAACCUUACCGAAUCCCUGUGAGGGAGAAGGACGACGGGAGGGCGGACAUGGAGAGACGGAAAGAGAAAGAGAAACCGAAGGAUGAAAGGGGGAAGGAGCAUUUUGAUUUGAGAGAAACUAUCGAAAGAAAUUCACCUACAAGACAAAGCUGCACUCCUAGACCUGUCUUCACCAGAGCCACUUCCAGCAGAGACAAGGACGUGCAGUUUACAGUUUCUCUGAGUGACAGACACCAAAGCAGCGAAAGAGAUCAGAGAGCAUCCAAAAGUAAAGACAGAGAAUGGAGCAAAGACAUGGAGCUUCCUUUAACUGCAAGCCAGACAGCAGCAAGAGACAGAGCCAUCCAGCAGAAGAGGAGGGAGAUAGAUGAGGUGUACUAUCAGGAGUGUGAAAUGUUCAGCCUGGUGGUGAAGAUGCUGAUCGCCAAAGAUCCAUCCCUGGAAGGUCCCAUUCAGUCCUCCCUGCAGGAAAACCUGCGGGAUGUUGGCAAGCGCUGUGUGGUGGCCAUGAAGAAAUUUAUUGAGGACUAUGACUCCAGGGAUCUUCUGAACUAAACAGCUUUUAGCCUUGUUUUCCUUUUUUUGUGAGAUGUUGUAUGUAAUUUCAUGUGAAAGAACUUUUUGUUUUAUUUCCCUAUAUGUGAUGUUUUUGUAUAGUGGACCAUCUUAUACAUUUUUCUUUUAAGACGACCAUUAAGCAAUGCCAGUGGAAAAUUAAAUAGAGACUUCACAGAUUUAUCAGGUUGAAAUCUACAUUUGAAUGGUUAAAAAUGUCAUAAUCAGUAUAUUGGAAAAUAAUUUUAUAUCUUUCAUAAUUUAUUCUUUCUGUUGCCGAUGUUUGAUAAAUAAACUUUAUAUAAAACAUAAA